AUGCUUCUUCUCGUUCUUCUUUCUCUUCGUGUUAUUGCUUUUCUUUUUCUUCUUCUCUUUCUUCCUUUUCUUUUCUUUUUCUCCGUUUUCUUCUUUUUUCUUUUUCUUCUUGUUAUUGCUUUUCUUUUUCUUCUUCUCUUUCUUCCUUUUCCUUUUCUUUUCUUCUUUUUCUCAGUUUUCUUCUUUUUUCUUUUUCUUCUUGUUAUUGCUUUUCUUUUUCUUCUUUUUCUUCUUUUUUCUUUUCUUUUUUCUUGUUUUUCUCCAUUUUUUCUUCUUUUUCUUCUUCUUAUUGCUUUUCUUUUUUCUUCUUUUUCUCCAUUUUCUUUUUCUUCUUCUUGUUCUUUUUCUUCUUAUUAUUGCUUUUCUUUUUUUUCUUCAUUUUCUUCUUCUUCUUCUAUCGGACAUCAUGAAAAGAAAUUGUUAGUCUCAUGUAUCGAACGGCACUACAAGUCAACUAACGAAAGAGCCGUAUGCCACUCGACCAACAAUAGAAUCAUAGCUUUUUUCUCUCUCUCUCUCUCUCUCUCUCUCUCUCUCUCUCCAUUUCUUCCUCUACUCCGCAACUUUGCCGUUUUCUCCUUCUCUUUCUUUUUUCAUUCUUGUUAG